AUGAUUGCCCAUUCUCAUCGAGCCAUCCGACUUCGUUGUGUGCGUCGACUUGACACCCACGACAACAACCGCCGACAACAUCCAUCCCACGGGACAUUAGAUCACCAGGAUGUCCUCCUUCGAAUCAGUGGUGCGUUUAUACCCAACGACUUGAGUGCCGCCACUCUCGCCUCCAAAGUCGUCAUCGACGGCAAAGGACACCUCCUCGGUCGUCUGGCCAGCACUGUCGCCAAGCAGCUGCUCAACGGUCAGAAGAUCGUCGUUGUGAGAUGUGAGGCCCUCAACAUCUCCGGCGAGUUCUUCCGCGCGAAGCUCAAGUACCACGCCUACCUUCGCAAGAUGACUCGUUUCAACCCUACCCGUGGUGGUCCCUUCCACUUCCGCGCUCCUUCCCGCAUCCUCUACAAGGCCAUCCGCGGUAUGAUUCCCCACAAGACCGCCCGUGGUGCCGCCGCCAUGGAGCGCCUUAAGGUCUUCGAGGGUGUCCCCCUCCCUACGACAAGAAGAAGCGUGUCGUUGUUCCCCAGGCUCUCCGUGUCCUGCGUCUCCGCCCCGGCCGCAAGUACUGCACCGUUGGCCGUCUCAGCCACGAGGUUGGCUGGAAGUACCAGGAUGUUGUUUCUCGGUACUCUCGAGGAGCGCAGAAAGGUCAAGAGCAAGGCUUACUACGAGCGCAAGAAGGCCGCUCGCCGUGUCCUUGCCAAGGCCGAGCAGGGAGCGAACGUGGACAGCAAGACCAAGACCCAGCUUGCUCAGUAUGGCUACUAGAUACCUUUAGCGCGGCUGGUUGUUGUGUCGAGCGAUGGUUCUGGGAUGGAAUCGCGGACGGUUUUCUUUCAGCGAAUUUGAACGGCAAGCCGACCGACCUUUUUCUGCGGCCCAGUUCCCUAGCUCAUGAAUACCACUGUCUGUGACGCACAUGACGACUCGGGGACUGGGGUCUUCGGAAUUUUCAAAAGUCGAAAAAAACGGAGUCGAUUGGGAUUAAAGGUUCAAAAUAGCUGGCCGUUGACUCGCGCCGUGGCGGUUUAAUCCAAAGAAACAAUUUUCAAGAGUUCAACAUGAUUCUUAUGAUCAAAAAAUACUUUGACCUAUA